CAGCAGACAGAGAGGACUCCGGCGCCAGAGUCUCGUCUCACACACACACAUACACUCAGCUGAAUAGCGGGACUGUUCUCUUUCUCAAGCGGAGUCUCAUAAGCUCUGUGUUUCCCGAUUCUCCGCGCAUGUGGACGUUUUCUCUCUGUCUCUCUAUCUCGAACACUUGAUCCAGAAAUCCCCAACCACUCACACACCAAAAAAAAGCCCCGCUCAACCAACGGGACAGAAGCAGUAGCAAUGUUCGGCUUUAGGACACUGUUCCCGGCACUGCUGCUGCUGCUGCUCGCCGGGCUGCCGGUGGGAGAAGGACGGGGACGGGAGAGGGUGUAUUACGUUGGAAUCCAAGAGAUAAACUGGGACUACGCUCCGACUGGCAGGAACCUCAUCAACGGGAAACAAAUAGCGGACGAUGAGCAUGCGUCAUUGUUCCUACAGAGUGGUCCCCAGCGUAUUGGCAGUGUGUAUAAGAAGGCCGUGUACAGGCAGUACACGGAUGCCUCCUACCUCAUCGAGGCCCCCCGGCCCGGCUGGCUGGGCUACCUGGGGCCUGUGCUGCGGGCAGAGGUUGAUGAUGUCAUCAUUGUGCACUUGAAGAACUUUGCCUCCAGAAACUACUCCAUGCAUCCUCACGGGGUCUUCUACGAGAAGGACUCAGAGGGGGCGCUGUAUCCAGACGGUACAUCAGACAGACUGAAACAGGAUGACAGCGUUGGCCCCGGGGCCAGCUAUACGUACCGCUGGGAGGUGCGUCCUGAGUUCUCCCCUACAGAGGGAGACGCAGCCUGUCUCACCUGGGUAUACCACUCACAUGUAGAGGCUCCUAGAGAUAUCACUUCUGGACUCAUAGGAGCUCUGCUCACCUGCAAGAAAGGUAUCCUGACAGAGGAGGGUCGUGUGGACGUAGACAGAGACGUUGUUCUGAUGUUCAACGUGGUGGACGAGUCUCUGAGCUGGUACCAGGAACACAACAUCCAGACGUUCUGUUCUGACCCUGCCUCCGUUGAUCCCGCUGACCCCGACUUCCAGGAGUCCAACAUGAUGCAUGCCAUAAAUGGGUAUAUGUAUGGUAACCUGCCUCACAUGGAGCUGUGCCAGGGUCGCACGGUGGCAUGGCACCUGUUUGGGAUGGGCAACGAGGUGGACAUACACUCUGCCUACUUCCAGGGCAACACCCUAUUGGACCGCGGUCACCGUGCCGACACGCUCAGCCUUUUCCCGGCGACCUUCGUCACCGCGGCGAUGGUUCCCUCGGCGACCGGGAAAUGGCUGCUGAGCUGUCAGGUCAACGACCAUCUACAGGCCGGUAUGCAGGCGCUGUAUGAGGUGGUAUCCUGUGAUAAUGAUGUCAGCCCCUCAGCAGCCCCCCCUCCUGGCCCAGUCAGGAAGUACUACCUGGCAGCAGAGAUUGUCACCUGGGACUAUGCUCCUACCGGGAUGGACAUCCAAACCAGCCUCUCCCUCACACUGCCCGACAGUCCCUCUGAGGUGUUCUUCGGUAGUGGCGAUGGCAGGAUAGGCGGUCGCUAUAUGAAGGCGGUGUAUCGGGGCUACACAGACGACACCUUCACUACCAGACAACCUCUCACCCCUGAAACACAACACCUGGGAAUACUGGGCCCAGUGCUGAGGGCUGAGGUUGGGGACAUCCUGCAGGUGGUGUUUCUGAACAAGGCAGACAGAAACUACAGCAUCCAGCCUCACGGCCUCCACUUCGACAAGCAAUACCAGGGAACCAGUUACCAAGACGGUGUAGAGAAGCCAGGCUCGGCUGUGUCUCCAGGCUCCAGGUUCACCUAUACCUGGCAGGUGUUGGAUGGUCCCUCCCUCUCUGACCCUCCCUGUUUGUCCUACCUGUACUACUCUGGCUCCUCCCCUGUAGAGGACACCAACGCUGGCCUCACCGGACCACUACUGGUCUGUAGACCUGGAACACUGGGGGACCACGGCAAACAGAGGAAGGUGGAUAGGGAGUUAUUCCUGCUGUUCUCUGUCAUGGAUGAGAACCUGAGCUGGUACCUUCAGAGGAACAUAGAGACCUACGGGUCAGACCAGUCAGACCCAGACAACGAAGACUUUCAGGAGAGCAACAAUAUGCACGCGGUGAACGGCUUCAUGUACGGGAACCUUCCAGGCCUGGACAUGUGUUCCGGGGACAGGGUUUUUUGGUACACCUUUGGGCUGGGUACGGAGGUGGAUAUCCAUGGGGUUUACUGGGAGGGCAACACCUUCCAGAGACAUGGUACAACCAGAGAUACACUCAGCCUGUUCCCCCACACCACGGCUGCUGUCAGCAUGCUGCCACACACACCUGGUGUAUUUGAGGUGAGCUGCAGAGUGACUGACCACUAUAAUGGAGGGAUGAGACAGCAGUACUCUGUGAAGCCCUGCUCCGAGAGCAACGUGAAACACGCUCACUCCCCUGGCUCGUCCGUGGUUCGCUACUUCAUCAGCGCAGAGGAGGUGGAGUGGGACUACUCACCUGACCGGGUCUGGGAACUAGAGAAACAUCACGCCACAGAGGAGGACAGUCCAGGCAGUGUAUUCGUGGGCAGGGGAGAGAAUCGUAUUGGUCCACGGUAUAAGAAGGCGGUGUAUAGACAGUACACUGAUGACACCUUCAGGACACAGACGGAACUGCAGCCUGAACAACUGCACCUCGGCAUUCUGGGUCCUAUAAUCAGGGUGGAGGUGGGAGAGGAGGUUUUGAUCACCUUUAAGAACAGAGCCAGCCGUCCGUACUCUAUACACGCUCACGGAGUGGUCACAACCGACACACACACACCUGUCCAGCCAGGUUAUAUGACAGAGUUCAGGUGGGAGGUCCCAGAGAGCUCUGGUCCAGGAGUCUCUGAUCCUAACUGUAUCACCUACGCGUACUACUCUACUGUUGACUUCGUCAAGGAUGUGUUCAGUGGUCUUUUGGGCCCCCUGGUGAUCUGCAGACAGGGAGUACUGCAGCGUGGAGCUGAGGGGGGGACGAGGAAGAGGAGGGACGUGGAGAGGGAGUUUGCUCUGCUCUUCAUGGUGUUUGAUGAGAAUGAGUCAUGGUACCUGGAAGACAACAUCAGAACUUAUCUCCACACUGACCCCAGUAACUUCACCAUGGACGACAACUUUAUAGAGAGCAACAAGAUGCAUGGUAUAAAUGGUAAGCUGUAUGGAAACCUCCAUGGUCUAACCAUGUCUAAUGGCCAGACAGUGGACUGGUAUCUACUGGGGAUGGGCAACGAGGUCGACAUACACACCGUCCACUUCCACGCUGAGACCUUCACGUAUAAAACGGACAGUGUGCACCGUGCGGAUGUGUUUGACCUGUUCCCGGGGACGUUUCAGACGGUCGAGAUGACUGCAGGGAACCCUGGGACAUGGCUGUUGCACUGCCACGUCGCCGACCACAUCCACGCUGGAAUGGAGACCACCUUCACCAUCACAGAGAAAACAUCACAUGCACCUGGUGUUGGAGGUUCCAUCUCCACUCUGCUACUGCCACUACUACUGGCCAUUCUCCACUAGACUACUUGUUGUGUGUGUGUGUGUGUGUGUGUGUGUGUGUGUGUGUGUGUGUUCAUAUUGCAUUAUCAGUCAAUGUAAUUAGCUAUCAAACCAAUCAGUCCUACAAUGGAUCAAAUGAUAAUGAUUGACAGUUCAAUAUUACACAGCUUUACCAUCCAAUCAUCCAUGUUACAGCUUUAUCAUAGAAUCAGGAAGUAGAAUCCUAGAAUGGACGUGAACCUUCUUAUGAUGGCGUCAAAGGUCAGCCAUGUUGGUCAGGGAGUUGAUCAACCAUGGUUUGCCAGCACCGUUAUAAUUUAUUGUAUAAAGCAAUGAAUUUGAAGAAUUUGCCUGCACUGUAUACAGUGCAUUCGGUAAGUAUUCAGACCCC